AUGUAUAAAUACGCAUUAUUUAUCAUUUUUGCCCUUCACUUCGUUCUCAUUCGUGGAACGGAUAUAGAAGGCACAAUCAUAGCUCCUUCAGGUGCUAGUUCGAAUUGGGCAGUGGAAACGAAAGUUCGAGUCGAUGGGAAACAAUACCUUGGUUUUGUAAAACCUGAUGGAUCCUUCGUAAUUUCUGAAGUUGCACCUGGGUCUUAUCUUGUUGAAUUUACUAACCCAACGUAUCUGUUUCAGCCUGUAAGAGUAGACAUAAACUCUAAAGGUAAGAUUCGCGCUCGAAGUGUAAAUGUUCUUCGUACCACUGCUGUAAAGGCAGUUGCUCAUCCAUUACGUAUUACCACCGUUGGAAAAGCAAUGUAUUUUCAACCACGUGAGCAACUGAGAACCCUAGAUCUGCUACUCAAUCCAACUGUUCUCAUAAUGCUAGUGCCUUUCUUGCUCAUCAUGAUUAUGCCCAAACUCAUGGACACCAACGAUCCAGAGUUCGCUGAAAUGCAGAAAAAUAGCAUCUUCAAUACCGCCACCAGUGGAGAUACUCCGGAUAUAAGCGAAUAUCUCUCAUCUCUAUCUCUUUCCGGCGGGCCGCCUAAGAAACAGUCGUCUAAAAAGACCACAAGUUCAAUUACUGGUCAGACCUCUAAUUCCGGGGAUACAAAGAAAAGCGGAAAUAUUAAAAGGCGUAGUUAG